AUGAGAACAGCCAACGAACUACCUCUUGUCAGCGGCCACACCCACCCCAAUCCGCUUGCUUCGCACGCCCCCGCGCCUGUCAACAUGAACGGCUCCCAUCCCUCCGACGCUGCUGCCGCUGCCUCGCGCCCCAGCACUGCGGCCGCCGCUGAUGCGUCGCCCACCUCCCACAUGGACGAACACGCCCCGCCCGCCCGUCCUGCUUCAAUAGGCCCACAGUCUGCCCGUCCCAGCUUCCUGCGCGCGAAGAGCGACUUUGGGCCCCGCCAUCCUGUCCUACCGCCAGAGAGCGCCGAUGAGGGAAGCGUCGACGGCCACUUCAAGAUCCGUCAUGGCUGGGACGACCAACUGAACUCGGAAGAGUACAGCAACCUGCUCACCUCCAACUUCUUCAUGUACUACACCGACAAGAAACACGAGACCGGCGGCCACCCCAAAAACGAAGACUGCGCCUUCCCUGUCCAGGAAUGGCGCAUGCGAGACCGCCUCAAGACUGUCUCGGCUGUCCUCGCCUUGUGCCUGAACAUCGGCGUUGACCCCCCGGACGUCAUCAAAACCAACCCGUGUGCCAAGGAAGAGUGCUGGAUCGACCCGACCGUGACCUCGCAGACGCCCGGCCACACGCCCAUGAACCAGAUUGGAAAGGCUCUGCAGACUCAGUACGAACAGCUGAGCAUGCGCACGCGCUACAAGCUGCUGCUGGACCCUACAACAGAAGAGACAAGAAAGUACGCUUCCACUCUCCGGCGGAAUGCCCGCAACGAGCGAGUUUUGUUCCACUACAACGGCCACGGCGUACCCAAGCCCACUUCUUCCGGCGAGAUAUGGGUUUUCAACAGGAACUAUACCCAGUACAUUCCAUUGUCACUCUACGACUUGCAGUCCUGGAUUGGUGCUCCAAGUCUAUUCGUCUAUGACUGCUCCGAUGCUGGGCUCAUCAUCAGCAAUUUCAACCGCUUCGCUGAGAAACAUCAGGCUGAGUUUGAGGAGGCGCGCCGGAGAGACCCGAGCGUCGAGCAUGUCGACUUCAGUGAUUGCAUCCACUUGGCUGCAUGUAGAGAGCGUGAAUCGCUUCCCACUAAUCCAGAGCUGCCUGCUGAUAUCUUUACUUCCUGUCUGACCGACCCCAUAACCAUGGCGGUACGUUUCUUCAUCUUGCAAAACCCUCUUCCAACUAAAGUUAGCUUGCGAGAUGCCCACAACAUUCCAGGCAAGGUCUCUGAGCGUAGAACGCCUAUUGGUGAGCUAAACUGGAUCUUCACGGCCAUUACUGAUACCAUUGCGUGGAAUUCUCUCUCUAAGCCGCUCUUUAAGAAACUAUUCCGUCAGGAUUUGAUGGUCGCUGCCCUCUUCCGCAACUAUCUCCUUGCACAGCGCAUCAUGCGCGCAUAUCACUGCAACCCUGUCUCGCAUCCCGAAAUUCCUCAAACACAUAAUCAUCCGCUCUGGCGCAGCUGGGACUUGGCGGUAGAGCUGAUCUUGGCCCAGCUUCCGGACCUGCAGGCUGAAGCUCGGGGCGAGAAGGAUUUCAACUACAAGCACUCCGACUUCUUCUCCGAACAGUUGACCGCUUUCGAAGUAUACUUGACACAGGGCGCAGUGGAGCAAAAGGUACCGGAACAACUUCCCAUAGUGCUCCAAGUACUACUCAGUCAAGUCCAUCGUCUCCGUGCGCUUAUCCUGCUAUCGAGUUUCUUAGAUCACGGCCCUUGGGCUGUAAAUCUUGCGCUCAGUAUUGGCAUCUUCCCAUACGUCCUCAAACUACUUCAGUCUCAAGCAAACGAGCUUAAGCCUGUAAUGGUAUUCAUCUGGGCUCGUAUUCUCGCAGUUGACCAGUCCUGCCAAGCCGAUCUUCUCAAGGACAAUGGCUACCAAUACUUCAUCAAUAUAUUCAAUCCUAAUUCUGGCAUACCUAUUCAGAACGCAAGUGAACACCGCGCCAUGUGCGCCUUCAUUGUUUCCAUGUUCUGCAAGGACUACAACCAGGGACAACGCGCCUCACUGAGUACUGAACUUGUCGAGAGCUGCCUAGAUCAUCUCAAGGAUAUGCAGAACCCGCUGCUCAGGCAAUGGUCAUGUCUCUGCCUAAGCAAGCUUUGGGUCAACUAUGAAGAAGCCAAGUGGGUCGGAAUUAGAUGCAUGGCACACGAGCGGCUAUGUGAGCUCAUCGUGGACCCUGUUGCCGAAGUUAGAGCUGCGAUGCUGCAUGCAUUGGCGUCCUUCCUUGGGAUUCGCGACGUCACUCCCCAAGUGGCUAACAUUGAGGAGUCUAUCGCGUCAAUGAUUCUUAUCAUGACAAUGGAUGGUAACAGUAUGGUGCGCAAAGAACUGCUCAUAUUCUUCUCAACAUUUGUCGCUCGCUACAAGGCCCGAUUCAUAGUAGCUGCAUUCGAACAAUUAUCCGAGGAUCAUGCCAACAUGGACACAAAGCAGUCAGAUGACAAAAGCACCGAAAUGCUCUACAUGAAGACACGUUCAGGAGCGACAGACGGCGCUUCGGAAUCGACGUCUUGUUCACAGAACACUAUAUAUUCUGCCAUAUGGAAGGAGCUAUUGGUCAUGUCCGUGGACCCGCACCCGGAAAUCGCAAAAGACGCUGGAAUAGUCGUUGAUUGCAUUCUUAUCGCUCUCAUCGAAUCCUCCCUAGGAAAAUUCGUACAGCCCCAACUAGAUGAAGCUCUGCAACAUGCGCCCGCUCCUCGUCCCACGCGCCGCGCAGUGGAGGAGACCUCUGCGCCGCAAAAAACUUCCAAUCCUCCAACACCGACGAAAGACUCGACAUAUCUGUCUCUUUUCGGUGGUAUCCGCAAAUCCACCAGCGUUGGUGCUUCGCUGAAGAAUCUCUGGGCAGGUCAAGAAUCAGCAAGCCCUCGACAGAGGCCAUCUGGGCGAUCUGCUGCUGAGGACACCACUGUCCCGUCAGCGUCUCGUCCUCAGACUCCGGAGAAAUACCACACUGUAGAGCAGCCAACCUCAAGAGGUUUCAAGAACAGGAAUCUGUCAGAAAAGCCAGAGAUUCCACUCAAGAGUGUGUUCUUCGAAUGGUCAGUCGAGUACUUCCGUGAGCCCCAGAUGAAGCCCACAGAGGCCGACGAGCCCGGAAGCACCGAUUACAAUGGCCGACUCUGGCGAAGAAACCGUAACGACAGGAUUAUUGCCGAGACUCAGCCGUUGAAAGACAUUGCUGUCUCUAACCGCUGGGACGUGCCCCGAGGGUAUUUUGACAACCUCAGCCAACCUGCGAAAAUGUGUUUCCAUCAGUUCGAAGAUCAUCUAGUCGUGACAGAUACACGGGACACCGUCAAUAUCUUUGAUUACUCAAAAUCGGUUAGCAGGAUCAAUUCUUUUUCUAACGGGAACCCUCCCGAGUCGAAGAUAACGGACGUUCGAUUCAUCAACGAAGAUGAUCAGGCGCUAUUAAUGACUGGGUCUUCAGAUGGAGUCAUCAAGAUUUUCCGUAACUACGACCGUAAAGGAGAGACGGAACUAGUGACGGGAUUCCGAGCUCUCACCGAUCUUGUUUCAAGCAACAAGAAUGCCGGCCUGGUCUUUGAUUGGCAGCAAGGUAGAGGUCUGAUUCUGGUUGCUGGCGACGUAAAGGUCAUCCGCGUAUGGAACGCAGGGACCGAAGUAUGCACCAAUGAUCUCCCGGCGCGUUCGGGCUCUUGCAUCACAUCCUUGACCUCUGAUCAAGUCGAAGGAGAUGUGUUCGUCGCUGGCUUUGGUGAUGGUGCCAUACGCGUAUAUGACCAGCGCCAGAAGCCUGCCACCGCCAUGGUUAAGGUCUGGAAAGAGCACAAACAAUGGAUCACCAACGUCCAUCUACAGCGUGGUGGUCAGCGCGAACUUGUGAGCGGCUGUCGCGGCGGUGAGGUUAAGCUAUGGGAUAUCCGCUGGGACCGCAGUGUAAAAACUAUACAAGCGACUUCCGACACGCUCAGGACACUUAGUGUCCAUGAACACGCUCCGGUCUUCGCUACUGGCACGCAACGACACCGUGUGAAGAUUUUCAACCUAAACAACGGUCAGCCCGUAUCUCACCUCGAACCCUACUCGGGUUUCCUUCGGGAUCGAUCUGCUCCCAUCUCUGUUACCGCCUUUCAUCCCCACCGACUGAUGAUUGCCGCAGCGGCCGUCAACGACACCCACGUCAAUAUCUUCUCGUGUCACGAGCCAAAGCAUUCAGCUGUCAAUAAGACAGUGAAACUUUGGGAUGGGAAUGCGAGUACAGCCGCGUCAAGCAGAACAUCUAUCAUCGGCUGA